AUGCUGCUGCUGCUGCUGGCCGUCGCUGUCGCAGCCGCGCCGCUAACGCCAUUGGCCGCCGACAGGCUCGAGCCUAUCGGAGAGGUCGCUGUCCGAGGUGCUGAAACCAGCCGAGCAGAUGUGUCAAAGCUGCUCCGCGGUGGCAGAGAUGGUAGGGGGCGGAGGGGGAGGGGCCGAAGCUGGCUGCUGGAGAUGAACGCGGAGGUUUUUGUGAAUCAGUUUGAGUGGGCUGAGCCCCGCUAA